GCAGAGCGGAGCAGGUGCCCGAGAUGGCGGGUCGCGCCCAGCCCCGCCGCCCCGCCGCCCCCCCGGGCCUCCUCCCGCUCCUCCUGCUGCUCCUCUCCGCCGCCGCCAUCAUCCCCAGAGGCGAUGGUCAGAACCUGGUUACUGAAGACGUGACGGUGGUGGAGGGAGAUGUGGCCACCAUCAGCUGCCGGGUCAAGAACAGCGACGACUCUGUGAUCCAGCUCCUGAAUCCCAACAGGCAAACGAUUUAUUUCAGGGAUUUCAGACCGCUGAAGGACAGCAGAUUCCAGCUGGUGAACUUCUCCAACAGUGAGCUCCGAGUCUCCUUGACGAACGUCUCCAUUUCUGAUGAGGGAAGGUACUUCUGCCAGCUCUACACUGAUCCCCCCCAGGAAAUUUAUACCACGAUUACCGUGCUUGUCCCGCCACGCAAUUUGGUGAUCGAUAUCCAGAAGGAAACUGCCAUUGAGGGAGAAGAAAUAGAGCUGAACUGCACUGCCAUGGCCAGCAGACCAGCCACCACCAUCAGAUGGUUCAAAGGAAACAAGGAGCUAACUGGCAAGUCAGAGGUGGAGCAGUGGUCCGACAUGUACACGGUGACCAGCCAGCUGGUGCUGAAGGUGGGACGGGAGGACGACGGGGUCCCCGUCAUCUGCCUGGUGGAUCACCCUGCUGUCAAAGACUUGCAGACACAGCGUUACCUGGAAGUCAUGUAUAAGCCUCAAGUGCGGGUGUCUCAGAAUUACCCGGUGCAAGGCCUGACGAGGGAAGGGGAGCCACUGGAGCUGACCUGCGCAGCCUUUGGAAAACCACAGCCUACGGAGAUGAGGUGGUUAAGAGUAGAUGAUGAGAUGCCUCAACACGUUGUAGUGUCUGGUUCAAACCUUCUCAUUAAUAACCUAAACAAAACAGAUAAUGGUACAUACCGCUGUGAGGCUUCAAACGCGGUGGGGAAAUCACAUGCGGAUUACAUGCUGUUUGUAUACGAUCCCCCCACAACUCUCCCUCCUCCCACAACAACCACCACCACUACCACCACCAUCCCUACCACCAUCACAGACACAACGGCGACGACAGAACCGGCAGUUCACGGCUUUACUCAGUUGCCCAAUUCCGCAGAGGAGCUGGACUAUGGGGAUCUCUCAGGUACUCCCGUCCCGCUAAACGCUUCAACGGAGGCUCUGCCAACUCUGCCAUUAAGUAAUGCAUCCCUUGCCUUCUGCCCAGAUUCUCGCGCAGGUGAGGAGGGGGCGAUUCACAGUGUGGACCACGCGGUGGUGGGCGGUGUCGUGGCCGUGGUCGUGUUUGCAAUGCUUUGCCUGCUGAUCAUUUUAGGGCGAUAUUUUGCCAGACAUAAAGGUACAUACUUCACUCACGAAGCCAAAGGAGCAGAUGAUGCAGCUGACGCAGACACAGCCAUCAUCAACGCAGAGGGAGGACAGAACAACUCUGAAGAGAAGAAAGAGUACUUCAUCUAGAGCAGUCUUGGUUUCUAUGAGGUGUCCAACCGUGGACGGUUACUACUGGCCCUAUUUAAAUGCUAAAGAGACAGUGAUAUCGGAAGUUGCAACCAGCGUGUGUCUUUUUUUUUUUCUUUUUCUUUUUUUUUUCUUUUUAAAGAAAAAAAAGCAAAUGGAGAGUCGUGAGGCUGGGAGGGUCCGGGAUUUGCCGUGUAAAAAUAUUCCUCGUAAAGUACACUCUGCUGUUCGACACCUCAGUUUGUUUGGGUUUUCUUUUUUUGGCCAAGUCCAGCUUGGAUUUAGUUUAGUGAAGUCAUUUGCAGAAGAUUCUGUGCCUUGUUUAAUUUCUGUUUGUUGGGGUCGGGGGGAGGCUGGGAAGAAGAGAGGCUUCUGUGCGUUAGUUCCCUUCGGGUUUCUGUGGCUCUUCAUUUCCCCUUUCCUCUUCUGUUCCUGGAGUUGCCUGCUGGGACCCCUUGGAGUAGGUGGGUUUCUUUGAAGGUGUUUCUUUCUCUCUUCACCAUUUUCCAUUCCGAACUCGAGCUCAUCGGAGGAGAACCAGCACAUUCUAGAUUCCGUAGUUUGCAGUUCAGUGUGCCCAUCUCCCAUCCCCUCCAUCCCCGUCAAGGCUUGGAGAACCAAACGACGAGAACCUGCGCGUGGCCGCCCGCCAUUCAGGUGCUUUCUGUGCUGCGACUAGGACAUGGGCUGGAGCUCGGCAAGGGGCUGCUUAGCAGCAGGGACAAGGACCCGGGGGUUGUCCUCCCUCCCCAGAGGGCUGCUGAGCCUGCCCCGUGCCCUCGCACCGCUCCCAGCCAGGCUUGGGAGGGGCUCCAGCUCCAGCCCCUCACCAGCUGCUCCAGCUCGCUUCCCUGGCCUCUCCCCACUGUGCUGGAGAAGGCAAAGCCCUUCUGGAGCUCUGGCCAUCCUCUCCCCUCCGAUGGCAGCCGCAGGACACGGCAGCUCCAAUUCCCCCUCCAACACGACAGCCGAGACCUGGGGAGCAGCUGGACAAGCAAAACUGCCUUUUUUCCCUACCCGCUAAUUAAAGCCCGUGGGAAUUUGUGUUCAAACGACAGUGCUAACUGACUUCUAAAGCCAUAGGUGACAAGGAGACUCUAGGUCCAUUAGAAUCCUAAGGUAGCAGACUACAGUGAGAAGACAUGGUUAAAAUUGCAUAAGCUGAGGGGUUUUUUUUGGUGGGUAAUUUGGAUUUUGAGUGAUACUUUUUUGUUGUUGUUGUUACUGUGUUUAUGUGGAAAAUGUAUGCUGAUUUAUUUAAGGGAAGCAUUAAUCUUAGCGUCAGGUUUGGGUUGGUUUGUUUGGGUUGAUUUUUUUUUUUUAGGGGGGAGCAUUUUUGUGAUUUAUUUUGUUCUCUUGUUUUUUUUAGUAGUUGUUUUUGGCAGAAGCAUUUACAGUUGGGGUGAGGGGAGUCCUUUGGGAGUGGGAUGGCCUGGUGGCUGCGAGCAGGUCCAUGCUCCAGCAGGUUUCUGCCUGUCCCCUUUUCACCAGAGGAACCUUGCAGAAAUACCCUUUUUUUUAAAAUUAUUUUUAUUCUUAUUAAUUAUUUUUUCCCCCGAGCAAAUUUUGUGGAGCCAGCGCAGCUCUUUUCUGAGCCUUCAGCACCGUUGCCAAAACCACAGGGCGGGGGGAGCAGCCGGCGCGGUGGAGCUGGGGGGGUUUGUCCCCUGCCUGGGCGGCGGGGCCGGGGUCCGAGCAGCCCAUCCUUGUUUUGGACGUGUACAGUAGUGCAGUGUUACUGAUGUAACUUUGACUUAACGAUGUUGACAUGUCUCAGGUUCAUGUGUUUUGAUUGGUGUGUUCCGUCUCAGGUAGAUUGCAAAAUUUCGGCCCCGCACAUUAGGGAAAAAAAAUAAAUAAUUAAGGACAGGAUUAAAAAAAACCCACAAAACGGAAAUUACGAAUUUUAGUUGUAUAUUGGUUUAUGUAUUUUUUCUUCAGUAUACAGUGCACUGUUUGAAAUGUAUUGUUGAGUAUUACUUUGUACAGCUUUAGAUCAUUAGGAUUUUGAAGCGUGAAGAAAGAACAAUCUUGUUUAAAGGCGUAUUACACAUGAAGGACACGGAACUGAUGCUAAACAACCUUGUUCUUUAUUCACCCGGCCUUUUUAUUUUUUUCCCCUUAGGCCAGUUCUGUUUUAAGGUGUCCAUGGAAGAUGUUACAAUGUAAGAAAAUACAUAUCCAUCUGUUCCCAUUCACAUUUUGUAUUGGUUCAUGUAUCCCAUUUUUACAAAGGAAAAGAAGUACUAUAAAAUAUCUGUCUUCUUAAUAAAAAAAAAAUUAAUGUUACAAAACUAAA